UUUGGCUUAUUUCUUAUUUUCUGCAACUUUUUACAAAUAUUCUUCUUCCUCUUUAAGGAGCAAAACCAUCUUUCACAGUUAUAAAAACUGAAAAGCAAAUUUUAAUGGAACUGUGUUUUCUUAGUGCAGCCAUCAUUAAAAAAGCCGUAUGCAGCAUCUCCACUCACAUUAGCAGUAAUGCCAUUUCUUACUGUUGCUGAGAAUACCCUGUGUGAACUCAGACGAAUGAAGCAGCAGCCCCCAAUCAAACCAACAAUGCAUUAGAAUAUUUUGUGACACAGCCGUCUUAUCAGCUGUUCACUUCUACUUCCCACAAGAAUAUUAAUGCACUCCAAAUCUUUUUAACUGCUAGACAAAAACCUCAAAAGGGCCAAAGCAACCCGCUGUAUACCAAAACUUCCAAGAGAAUUCAAAACGUCAUUAAAAGACAGAUCUCAACCUGAGAGUUUGGUGGAAGUGCCUGAUAAUCAGUUUCUCAUUUCGCUCACUAAUUUUUCAUUGAUUAUACCCGGUACUGUUACAAAGUAAGAGUGUCCAUAACAUAGAGACAUCAGUUCUCUCCAUUUCCAUACUUGCUUCCUUAUUUGCUUAAAAUUUCACGAAAUUCAAUAAGACAAGUUGAGUUUGUUGCAGACGACUUAGUACAUGAAGUGAAAACAUCUGCAAUCUAAAGGCACAAUGCAGCUCAACCACCUUCACUGUUGAAAAACAGAAAAAACCAGAUAGCUCCGUGGCUCUCUUUACAUGAAAAAUCAAGCACUGUCCAAAAAAGCCCCUUUAUCCCUGAAAACGCAUGUUUCUGUAAAAAGCUUGUUAGUCCUUACGAAGCAUGGUGACGUUACAAACUUCUGGUACGUCUGUCACUGCAAGAUCGAUAUAACGCUGCUUUAAUAAGCGAUAGAGAAGCUUAAACAGCUCGAGAUGUGUUUAAAAGGGCGACUACCGAUCCGCGUCGGGAGUCUUUGGCGCCACAAGUGCCCGCGGUGCCCGGGAUGCGCGGGAGCGGCCGGCAGGGCCAAGGCGGAACUGCCGCGGCCAGACCCAAACUUUCCCGGCUGCGGCGCUGCCGCGGCGAGCACUCAGCUGCCGCGCCGCCACCGGCAACACGCCGAGGGACUUUCGGGAAGGAGGACGGCCCCGGGCACCCGGCCCCAGACCCGCGCUCAAAGUUCGGCCCGGGGCGCGGGAGGCCGCCCGCCGCCGCCCGGCUCCCCCAGCGGGCGUGAGAUGGCAUUGCCAGACUCAGUCACUACUUGCCUUUCUCAACCUGUGCACUAUGCGAUUUGCAAACUUGGAUUUGAGAAGAAAGACACCUAUAAUAUUGAUAAUAUUUUAUCUGGAAGUGGGGAAGUUUGUUGGCCAGCUGUUACAGAGCAUGUGUGUUACCUUGAAUCAGAUCAAAGUGUGGAUUAUAUCAAAAGCAUACGAUCGUUAGGACCUGUCUGUGAAUCUGUUAAUUCGUACUUCAAAUCUCUGACCAAGGAGCAGUUUAUAAUUCAGUAUGCAUCGUGGUUCCACUGGACAAACUGCACAGAGGUAUUUCUGGAAGUGUUUGGUGUUUUGCAAUCUACACAAGCUACAGAAGUUGCUCUAGGCUUAAUGAAACUAACAUCAUGCUUGGAGCGAGCCUUGGGUGACGUGUAUUUACUUAAGGGUAAUGAUUGUCCUUUCCUUCUAAGAGACUUGCUUGCAUCUGAGCAGCUUGCAGAUGUCUUUGGACAAGCUGUAAUGAAUGUACUGAGGGUAUUCAUUGGAUCUCCACAUGGUCUGAACCUUCGUAAUGUUUUGUGGCAUGGAUUUGCAUCUCCACAAGAAAUUCCUGCCAAAUACUGUGCUAUGCUGCUCUUUUUAACUGCAGGAUUGGGUCAGUUGUUAGAGACUUAUCUUCUGCAAACUAAAGGUGUUUUAGUACAUCGACCUUAUGUGAUCUUCAUUAGCUUAGAGGAGCUUGAUGCAUUUCCAGAUCUUAAUAGUGAAAUACUUUCCAUAGCUGAAGAAUUUGUAAAACUGUCCAGUUUUGUAUUAAAAAUUAUGUUACCAUUUUGGAUCUCUGCUUUAACAGCUUUCAAGCAAAGCAGGUAUGCUGACAGUGUGAUUCUCUUACUUCCUCAGCUGGAAGCUGGACUUAGAUUGCUCUUCACUACAACUAAUAAGUGUCCAAAUCGAUUGCUAACAGCGGAGUCUUCUGCUCUCUACACCACUUUUGAUGAGAUGCUAGCAAAGCAUUUGGAUAAUGAAGAAGUCAACCAGCUACCUGUAGUUCUUGAAGAGCCUGCCAUGGAAAGUGAUUUUGAAAGUGACUUCCUUUGGGAUUUCUUGAACCACCAGGAGGGCCCACGUAUAAGAGAUCGUUUAAGCCAUGGAGAGAUCAAUCUAGAAACAUUUCCCAGAGAAAUAGCUAACCAAAUAGUUGGAUUUGCUAUUACUAUCCUCUGCAGAUUCUCAGAUGAGGCUAUGUAUUCUCUUAAGGAACACAUGGUCAUAAAACCACUGAUGAACUGUGCAAGUUGCUACCAAUCUCGAUUUCAUCCAAUUUCCCGGCUCAAGAAACAGGUGCUGGAAUGUAUGAAGAGCAUCCAUUUAUGGCCUGAAUUGGCAACAGUGCCUGAGGAACAAGAACAAAGGAUUAAAGGGUUGGAAGGAAAUGCUGAAGCUAAUACUUUAAUUUUGAUGAUAUCUGAAAUUAUAUCUCAGUUGCAGCAUUAUAUGCCCCAGAAUUGCUGUAGUUCAGAUGAUCCUAUCAACAGUGUCUUAACAGAGAGGCUGCUGGUGGAACUUUCUGAUACACGCAUUUGCACGCUGUAUUCCCCACGACCUGUCCUGGAAGUAGUGGUGAUACUCCGCAAAGUAAGCGCGCAGUGCCAUCAAGUGUCCCAACAGGUUAUUGCCGGCGCUGCGCUGAGACACACGCAGUGGCUCAACAAGACUCUGCGCUCCCGCCAGAGGCACACCUAUCGGCGGAUGCUGAACAGCAUUAAAUUCUUGUCUCCAGUGUUGCGGCUCAUCUUACUAUUGAUUACUCUGGAACUAGUCAGUGUUCAUUCAGUUUGUAAGAAGAAUCCUUUUGAUUAUCAGCAGUAUCUAAAGUUUUUGAAGUCAGUCUUGCAGUACACUGAGAACUUGGUGACAUACACAAGCCCUGACAAAAACAAGUGGGAUGAAACCAUGGAACUUACAAAGAAGACUUUGAUAAAAAUAAAGAAAAUCAGUGACAGAAAGCUGAUGUUAAUGCAUCUAGCUAUGUGAAUGAAAUGGGAUUGAAAUUGUCUGGAAAUUGUUAUAUCUAAACAGUUACGGAGACCUCAUAUUUGAUAAAUCUAAUUCAAAGACAAAAUUCAUAAGUAAUUUUCAAAUUUUGGAUUUCUUUUUAUCAGGAAGUAGCUGCUGAUAAUGGAGAUGAAUGAUCAAGGUUCCAGAGAACAGGUUGUUUGUCAAAUCCACUGAAAAAGAUAAAUUGUGAACUAAAUCAGGAAGAUGCAAGUUCUACUGUAAAUAUAUCUUGUGUUUAGUGCAUUGAUUGUUCUUAUAUUUUUUGUAUUUUUUUUGUUUCCUACUGUACUGAAAAAUACCUAAGAAAAAAAUGUGAA